CUCUGGAGCUCGGAGCUACUUAAACAGACCUCAUUGCCGCUGCAAACCAGGUGUCUCUCGCGCAUCCACACAUCCGCCCAUCUAUCCUCGACAUAACUCCUCAGAUAUGUCCAAAGCCACAUUCGCUAUAAUAGCUGCGGCUGGAGCUGCCACAGGUGCUGCCGCAACAGCAGCCUUCUUUUCUUCGUCAUCCAAAAAAGAUGCUUUUCCACCAACCGUUACGACAACUACCACUACCACCACAGGCCCACCACGACCAGCACCCCCGCCCGCGUUUUCGGCCGCUCCCUCACCCUACACCGCAGCCCGAUCAGCACCCGUUGAUCCCAGCGGCAUCUUUCAAUAUGGAUUCCCUGGGCCGGUUGCCGACCUUCGCCCUGCCGCCUCCCUAACAUCCUCCUUCGACCGCCGUACUCGAAACCCAGCAUGGGUCGCCGAACACAUCACCCCUGCGUCGCUCGCCGCCCAUAACGCCGAUCGCAAGCACUCCGUCUUUGUUGAGGAUGUCUCAAUCCCCGAGAUGUUCCGUGCAAAGCUCAAGGACUACUUCCGCUCCGGAUACGAUCGUGGUCACCAGGUGCCCGCCGCGGACGCAAAGUGGAGCCAGGAGGCCAUGGACGAUACCUUUGCGCUUAGCAACAUGUGCCCUCAGGUCGGCAACGGUUUCAACCGUGACUACUGGGCGCAUUUCGAGGACUUUUGCAGGAGGUUGACCACAUCAUACCCGUCGGUUCGCGUGGUGACGGGUCCUCUCUACUUGCCCAAGAAGGACGCCGAUGGGAAAUGGAGGGUCAGCUACGAGGUUAUUGGAACGCCACCAAACGUAGCCGUCCCUACGCAUUUCUACAAGGUCAUCUUUGCUGAAGAUGGGAAGCCCGGUGGCAAGGUUGCGCUGGGCGCUUUCGUGUUGCCGAAUGCGGUGAUUGCGAAUAACAAGCCACUCGUGGACUUUGAGGUUCCGGUCGAGGUGGUAGAACGUGCCAGUGGGUUGGAGUUCGCGAACAAACUGGAGCCGGCAAGGAGAAAACGACUGUGUCAGGACGUCCAGUGCUCUUUGAUCAUCAAGGAGUAUGCGCAGAAGCAGAAGAGCUUUGGCAAGAACUGA